AUGGGCUUCUUGGCUGGUGCCCUCACCGGUCUUUUGUCCUUCGCACCCCUAGUGGCUGGUGCGAUUAUUCCCCCCGAUGCCAUCGAUUCUCUUCACCCAUCCUACGACUACGUGAUUGUUGGAGGCGGAAUCUCUGGCCUGGUUCUCGCCAACCGCCUCACUGAACAGAAGUGUUGCAGGGUCCUCGUCCUCGAAGCCGGCGGCUUGGACGACGGGCGAUGGCAAGUGCAGGCUCCUGGCAGCAUCGGUCUCGAGGAUGUCUCCAUGUACGACUGGAACUGGAGGACCGUCCCCCAAACCUUCCUCGACAACGCCGACCGUUCUUUUCCCCUCGGCAAGGCUGUCGGUGGUGGAAGUGUCGUCAACGGCAUGGUCUGGACCCGUGCCUCUGCCUCCGACUACGACUCCUGGGUUGAUCUCGGGAACGACGGCUGGGGCUGGGAUGACCUGCUCCCUUACUUCAAGAAGUCGGAGUCUUUCAGUCCUGAUGUAAAUGAUUACGGACGCGACAAUCUCCAGAUCGACCCUGACUCUGAAAUCCACGGUCGUAAUGGGCCCAUCCAAGUCGGUUAUCCCAGGCACUUUUACCACCCUCAAACUGAGAACUUCCUCAACGGCGUCGAGGAGCUUGGCAUCACCAUCGUCGGCGAGCCUAACGAAGGCAACAUGACUGGUGCCUCCGUUGUCCCCUCCAGCUUGACCCGCGACACAAAUGCCCGGUGCAGUGCCCGAGAUGGCUACCUGACCCCCAUCGUUGAUCGUCCAAACCUCCAUGUCGCCACUGGCCAGCGAGUCACUCGUGUUCUGUUCGACAAUUCCAACGGCGACCCCAAGGCCGUCGGUGUUGAGUUUGCCACGGACUCUGGAGCUGCCGUGCGUAAUAUCACUGCCAAGCGAGAGGUUAUUCUCUCCGCCGGAGCCGUGCACACACCUACCCUCCUUCAGAUCUCCGGAAUCGGUCCCCGAAGACAUCUUGAGUCGCUCGGUGUUGACGUCCUCGUCGACCUUCCCGGAGUUGGAAACAACUUCCAGGAUCAUCCUAUGAUCUCUCCUGAUACCGUCCCGGGACUUUACACCUCACGUAAUCUCACUGGAGCUGAGGGAGCAGCUCGUCUCAAGGAGUGGCAGGAGGAGCACACUGGUCCUUACACUACACCCCUGAUUCAUGCCGUGGCAUUCCCCGGCUUCCCCUCUGUUGCACCAGACUAUGCCGACAGACUCAACGCAAUCCGAAACGGCUCCAUCGCCAACAGCCUCCCCGACUCCUACGACGAGACGCUGCGUGCCGGAUAUGACGCCCAGCUCACCAGCAUCAUCGGCCUUCUCGAGAAGGACGACGUCUCCGCCUACGAACUCAUGUCCAACUCCUUCGGCGGCCUCACCGUCUCCGUCAUGCAGCCGCUCAGCCGGGGCAACGUCUCCGCCACCUCCAAGUCCAUCUGGGACGCCCCCAAGAUCGACCCCCGCUACUGCUCCCACGCCUUCGACUGCGACAUGGUGGAGAUUGGCCUGCGCUUCAACGACCGGCUCAUCACCACCAAGUCCAUGGCCGAGCUGCAGCCCGUGGCCCAGGCCGGCUUCGGGCCUGAUGUCACCCACGAGGAGCUGCAGAGGUCCCUCCGGGCCAGCCUCCACUCCGACUACCACCCCAGCUGCACCGCGUCGAUGCUGUCCCGCGACCUCGGCGGUGCCGUCGACACCUCGCUGCGGGUGUACGGGACGAGGGGUCUGAGGGUUGUUGACGCCAGUAUCUUCCCUACUAUUCCUGGCGCGCACUUGCAGGCAGCUGUUUAUGCUGUUGCUGAGAAGGCUGCAGAUAUCAUCAAGAGUGACGGCCCGCACCGCCACGAAUGA